AUGGAGCCCCGGCAAACAGGAUACCAGUCGAUCGGCAAUGCUUCCCAAGCUAGCGGUUCUUCUAUUCCGCAUAGGGGUCAAUCACCUGAUGAUUUGGAAACAAUCUCCGCUGCCUAUCAGGUUCUGUUCUACAUUAAAAGUUCUGCCUCAUUCCAACAACUCCUAGACUCUCUCCCACCAGCUACCCCCGGUUUUCUUAUGAAGCCACUCGUCUGUUCCUUUCUCGCCUACUUCACACAGUUGCAGUCUCAUACAUUUCUCGGGCAAGUGAGUACUUGGGGGUUUGAUACUGUGGAAAGAGUGUUUCGUAACUCCAAGGUUUCUCCGAGAUGGCUUGCCAACGACAUCGGUCCCGACGGCCACACUCGACAAGAUCUAGAUGAUCAGGAUUGCCUGCGGUGGGACGCGAUUGGUAUCGUAUAUGCUACCGUCGCUCUGUCCCUAACUGUAAGAAAUGGCUCAUCGGGUUUUGAUAGUGAUGUAUCACGGCGAGACUCUCGAGCAAGGGAGACAAUCCUAAAAGACCUGACUCACGCCGUCAACACAUGUAUACGGUUUCAGGAAAUGACCGGCACCAAAACUGAACUUUACUUAUGGCUUUUAAUCCAAGACAUCAUAUUGCUGAUUAGGAUCUACGGUGGCAAAAGUGAGUGA